AUGUCCACUAAAGGAAGAGCCUCUAAACAUCGCAAAAGCGUCUCGUUCUCGGAGGAUGAGGAUGAGCAGUGCUGGAAAGAGGAGAACGGCGGCGUGGACACACAUCACAUGAAAUCCGUCAAAACAGUGGCAGAUUCAUCGGGAUAUUACCGCUACAACAUGAAAGUCUCGGAUCAUUUUUCCCAUCGCAGGAUGACUUUACCACGAGAAAAGGGUCGUCGUCAGGCAGUCCGCGGACCUGCGUUCAUGUUCAACGCCCGUGGCAGCAGCCUUACGGCAGAAGAAGAACGCUUCCUGGAUGCAGCAGAAUAUGGCAACAUCCCAGUGGUCCGUAAAAUGCUGGAAGAGUCAUCCACACUCAACGUGAACAGUGUGGACUACAUGGGACAGAACGGACUACAGUUGGCCGUUGGCAAUGAGCACCUGGAGGUCACUGAGCUGCUCCUGCGGCGAGACAACCUGGCCCGUGUUGGGGAUGCGCUCCUACUUGCUAUUUCCAAAGGUUACGUGCGUAUUGUAGAAGCCCUGCUGGGUCACCCGUCAUUUGCGAGUGACGAGCGUCUGACUCGUAGCCCCUGUGAGUUGCAGGACGACGACUUCUAUUCGUACGACGAAGACGGUACACGGUUCUCGCCUGAUAUCACACCAAUCAUCUUGGCUGCCCACUGCCAGAAGUACGAGGUGGUGCACAUGUUGCUCAUGAAGGGAGCCAGGAUCGAACGGCCACACGACUAUUUCUGCAAAUGCGCAGAUUGCACGGAGAAGCAAAGGAAGGACUCAUUUAGCCAUUCGCGGUCCAGGAUAAAUGCGUACCGUGGUCUGGCGAGCCCCGCAUACCUCUCACUCUCUAGUGAAGACCCUGUACUGACUGCUCUUGAGCUAAGCAAUGAGCUCUCCAAGCUGGCCAACAUUGAGAAGGAGUUUAAGGAAAAAAAGAACCGUAAUAAAGAGACAUCGCAGCACAAUGGCUUCUUUCUGAAUGACUACAGGAAGUUGUCUAUGCAGUGUAAGGACUUUGUGGUUGGCGUUCUGGAUCUGUGCAGGGACACUGAGGAGGUGGAGGCCAUUCUGAAUGGAGAUAUCUCAGCAGAGCUUGAGGAAGGGCAGCAUCAUCGCUCCCUGCUCAGCAGAGUAAAACUGGCCAUUAAAUAUGAGGUUAAGAAGUUUGUGGCUCAUCCAAACUGUCAGCAACAGUUGUUGACUAUCUGGUAUGAGAAUCUGUCUGGUCUUCGGGAACAAACCACUGCUGUGAAGUGUCUGGUAGUUCUGGUUGUGGCACUGGGACUCCCCCUGCUCGCUGUGGGGUAUUGGUUUGCCCCAUGCAGUAAGCUUGGUAAAGUACUGCGGAGUCCUUUUAUGAAGUUUGUUGCCCAUGCGGCUUCGUUCAUCAUCUUCCUGUGUCUGCUGGUGUUCAACGCGUCUGACAGGUUUGAAGGCAUCACCACUCUUCCAAACGUGACUGUAACUGACUAUCCACUUCAGAUCUUCAGAGUCAAGACCACCCGCUUCACAUGGACAGAAAUACUGAUCAUGGUCUGGGUCGCAGGAAUGAUGUGGUCGGAGUGUAAAGAGCUCUGGACUGAGGGCCCAAGGGAAUACAUCAUGCAGCUGUGGAACGUCCUGGAUUUCGGGAUGCUGUCUAUCUUCAUCGCUGCAUUCACUGCUCGGUUCUUCGCCUUCAUGCAGGCCAUGAAAGCCCAGAAGUAUGUGGAUGAGAAGGUCCACGUACCAGACCUUUCAAUGGUCACAUUGCCACCAGACAUUGAAUACUUUACAUACGCACGAGACAAGUGGCUUCCAUCAGAUCCUCAGCUAAUAUCAGAGGGUCUGUACGCCAUCGCCGUGGUCCUGAGCUUCUCUCGAAUCGCCUACAUCCUACCGGCCAAUGAGAGCUUCGGUCCGCUCCAGAUCUCUCUGGGCCGCACUGUGAAGGACAUCUUCAAAUUCAUGGUCCUCUUCAUCAUGGUAUUCCUCGCAUUCAUGAUCGGCAUGUUCAUCCUCUAUUCCUACUACCUGGGGGCAAAGGUUAAUCCCGCCUUCACCACGGUUGAGGAGAGCUUUAAAACUCUGUUUUGGUCCAUAUUUGGGUUGUCUGAAGUGUCCUCGGUGGUUUUGAAAUAUGAUCAUAAAUUUAUUGAGAACAUUGGCUACGUGCUGUACGGAAUAUACAACGUUACAAUGGUGGUGGUUCUGCUCAACAUGUUGAUCGCUAUGAUAAACAGCUCCUACCAGGAAAUAGAGGAUGAUGCAGAUGUGGAGUGGAAGUUUGCCCGGUCUAAACUCUGGCUGUCAUAUUUUGACAAUGGCAAAACUCUCCCCCCUCCCUUCAGCAUUGUCCCCACCCCAAAGUCCUUCUAUCAGUGCAUUAAGAAACUGGUCAACCUGCUCCGGUGUCGCCCGCGCCUGAAGAAAGACGUGGAGCUGGGUAUGGACAACUCCAAAUCCAGGCUGAAUCUCUUCACUCAGACCAGUAUGAGGAUCACAGAAUCUCACAGCUUCAACAGCAUCCUAAAUCAACCAACACGCUAUCAGCAAAUUAUGAAACGUCUCAUCAAACGCUACGUUCUGAAAGCACAAGUGGACAAAGAGAAUGAUGAAGUGAAUGAAGGUGAGCUGAAGGAGAUAAAGCAGGAUAUAUCCAGUCUGCGAUAUGAACUCCUGGAAGAAAAAUCCCAGGCCACAGAAGAGCUCUCUCUCCUCAUACAGAAACUCAGUGAUAAACUCAGCACACGGCCUGUCUUUACACACUGAUUCCAGCCUUCUCAUGCUAAUUAAUGGUGAUGUGUGCUAUUUCAACAUGUUAAAAUACUUCCUCCUAUUCCAUAUAAAUGCGCAGAGACUAGAAUUUUGCAAGUAAGCCAUUCGCAUAAUGACUUCCAGAAACGUAUAACACUGUGGCUGUGUAGCGAUUUCUAAACAUUGUUCUGUUUGUUGAGUGUGUCGACAUGUCAUCCUCUGGCUCCACCAAUGCUGUGAGUUUGUGGCGGGAGUAGAGCGUCGCUGGCUCCACCCACAUCCUGGAUCAUAUAUUCUUUCUUGACAAUGAAAUGCUUAUCAUCAUAGUCUCGUCAUUACACAGAACUGACUUGCCAACGUUGAGCUGUAGUGGAACUGAACUGGAUUCUUGUCGCUUACAUGUUUUAAUGUGUAAAUUAGCAAAGCUACAUAAUGGAAAAUUAAACCGUUUUUGUAAAUAUUUAAUACAGCGCAUUCUAAGCCACGAACAUACAACUAGUCCAUUCAGUUAUUAAACACAUGACAGCACAUUCAUUGUUUAAGAAACAAGACAUUUUAGAUGUAGUUAAACCUUAUUUUAAAUAAAUAUAUAUUCUUAUGUAUUUAUUUAUAAAUAUAUAAAUAUAUCCAUUAUAUAAAUGUAAUAUAUUCGUCUAUUUGUUGAGCUGUGUUAUAUUAGUUUCUCCUUAUUUAUUUUAUUUAUGAACAGGUGUUGUUUCUUGCAAAUAGCGGUAAAAGUGCUCAAUGUGUUUUUUAUCCAAUAGGAGUAAUUCAGUGAGCAUAAUGUACAUUAUCUCUCAUCUGAUCACCAAAAAAAAAAACCUAGGCAUGGAUUUCCUUCCUGUGCAUCCUCCCUAUAUCCAUUCCUGACAGAUCCUUCGCCAUUCCUUGCCAACCUCUUUAAUAUACAAAACAUCUCAGAGCUUCUAGCACAAAUCUAUGCAGUUUUAAAAUCUGUUCAUAUGUCCGUUGUCUUGAACUUGAACUUUUUUUUUUCCCCUAGACUCAAUUGGCCAUGUUUAUUGUCUUUAUUUCAUUAACAUGCAUCAUUUGUGAACAAAAUAUUACUUAACAAGGUUUGUUCACCCAAAAAUGUAAGUUCUGUCAUCAUUUACUUAUGCUCAUGUUGUUCCAUAACUGAUUUUUUUCUUCCAUCGAAAUUAAACAGAGGCUGUCUGACCUGCUUUUAUACAUACAGUAAAAGUAUGUUCAGUCAAGUGAUUUAUUCUAUCAAGCUCAAAAACAACAACAAUAAAAUCGCCAUAAAAAUAGCCAAAACAAUCUUUGAGUGAACUAUUAUAGAAAUGGAUAGUUCACCCAAAAAUACAAAUUCUCUCACCAUUUACUCAUCCUCAUGCCAUCCAAGAUGUUUAUGACGUUCUAUCAUCUGCAGAACACAAAUGAAGAUUUUUAGAAGAG